AAUCAGAUCGCAAGUUCAGGUCCAUUUUUUUUGUUUCAAAAAUGUCAGAGGGCAACGAAAAGAAGCUACCUAAGGUUCCCAAUUCACCAAAGAAAGUGGUGCGACAGAAACGAGACCGGCGGAAGAAAAGCCUGAUACAUAAGGCCUAUGAAUACAGUAAGCUGUGCGACGCUGAUAUAUGCCUCGGCAUUCGGAUUCGAGAUUCCGGGCAAGUUACGACGUUCCAGGCCGAUCCGACUGGGUUUUGGUCGGGAUUUUCGUCUCAUUUGGAGAGAUAUUACCCACGGCCGGUACAGAAAACAGACAAGGAUUUUGACGAACCUGCUGCUGAUGAAAGCGCUGAUGAAGAGGACAAGAUCAGACCAGGAGAAGACAAGGCGAUACUCUUGGCGGAGGAUGAAUAA